UUUACAGAUGCGGUUGAGGUCCAGAGAGCUUGACCCGUCUGUCACAUACCUAGCAAGUGCUGGAACCAGGACUCUUUCCCAGGUUUUCUCUGAGUUUUCCGCCUUUUUCCUUUCACCACACUCAAUUGCGUUUCUCAGAAUCUUGGAGAGCUUUAUAGUUGGAAAGAAUGAAAACCUGGUCUGACUCUUCAUUUUAUAAUUGAGGAAACAAAACCCAGUAGAUGUUCACAAGGAUUGUCUUCAGUCAUGGCCUUGGGUUUAAAGUGCUUCCGCUUGGUCUCGCCUGCCCUGUGCAACUCCCUCGCAGCCUUGACCAGACCUGUUUCAGAAGUUCCGCUGAAGACAGUGAGCAGAAGACAAAAUGACCAUGGGCAAGAUGUGGCCUGUCCCGCUGUACCAGUCCGUCAUUUUGCUACCAAGAAAGCCAAAGCCAAAGGGAAAGGACAGUCCCAAACUAGAGUGAAUCUUAACACUGCCUUGGUUGAGGAUAUAAUCAGCUUGGAAGAGGUGGAUGAAGAAAUGAAGUCUGUGAUGGAAGCACUCAAGGAUAAUUUCAAUAAGACUGUCAAUAUAAGGACCUCACCAGGAUCCCUUGAUCACAUCACUGUGGUAACUGCUGAUGGGAAGCUUGCUUUAAACCAGAUUGGCCAGAUCUCCAUGAAGUCGCCACAGCUGAUUUUGGUGAAUAUGGCCAGUUUCCCAGAGUGUACAGCUGCAGCUAUCAAGGCUAUAAGAGAAAGUGGAAUGAAUCUGAACCCAGAAGUAGAAGGGACACUAAUUCGGGUACCCAUUCCCAAAGUAACCAGAGAGCACAGGGAAAUGCUGGUGAAACUGGCCAAACAGAACACCAACAAGGCCAAAGACUCUUUACGGAAGGUUCGUACCAAUGCAAUGAACAAGCUGAAGAAAUCAAAGGACAAGGCCUCGGAGGACACCAUUAGGCUCAUAGAGAAACAGAUCAGCCAAAUGGCCGAUGACACAGUUGCAGAGCUGGACAGGUAUCUGGCAGUGAAGACCAAAGAACUCCUUGGAUGAAAAUCCACAAGGGGCCAGCAGUAAUCCAGAGCCCAGUUUGGGAUGGAUCCCAUGAGUGACAAAGUGGCAUCUCGCAGCCCCAUCCACACGGAAGGCCGUCACCAUGCAGUUGUCAGUCCUUCUGAGGGCUGCCCUUCCAGUGGGACACUCAUACCUAUCCACUCUCAUCCUCCUAUCCCCUGUCCACCCCAUUCUGCUCUAGGCCUUCGGCCAUGGGUACCCCUUGAAGAAUAUUUGCUGACCUUUACUUGGGGCAUUUGCCUUGACUGUGACAACACCAAGCGACAGGACCAGUGGCAGACUUAGCACCACCUGGUCCUCAUCUCGGGAGCCUCCUUUUCAAACAAUUAGUCGGGCCCUGUCCCCAAGUUUGAGCUCUGCUGAGGCUGAUGUUGGCCUUCACUUGUGGCUGGAUACCUUUGCAAGAGGCCCAUUUUCAUCAACAAUAAAGUCUAAAUAAAUUGGAAAGAAUAACAACCACGAAGGAAAGGAUAGAGUCAGUCUGGAUUAAUGAUCUCUCCGGACCUGUAUAUAAAGCAUCCAGAACAGUA